ACCUUUGCAAGCCAUCAUGGCCGACACACACGAUGAAGGCUCAGGCUCUGACGAUGUGCUACCCGACGAGGAUGCUUUUCUUCAGUCGGAGAGUACCUUCGCAGCAACUUCAUUCGACCAAUACUUUCUCCUAGCAUCCAAGUCAUCUCGCACCUCGUCCAACGUAUUCUCCGCUCGCGUCGACCCAUUGACUCCUCAGGAAUUCACUGCUGCCCUAUCAUCUUUACCCUCACUUGCUGAAGCACCGCCAAUAGACUACCGUUCGGCUUUUCCCAAGUUUCUCCUCCAACUGGAGCAAGGUUUCAAUCUAUUAUUCUACGGCGCAGGUUCCAAGAGAGACGUGUUGAACUCAUUUGUGGAGUACAUACAUAGGCGAAGGAAGGUCCACGUAGUUGUGGCCAACGCAUUUAACCCAAACUUUACGAUAAAGGACCUCCUGAACUCUAUCGAGAACGUCCUCGACACGUCCUCUGCGCCUUCAACGCAACGAGGCGUCGAGGGACAAUUCAACCGCAUACACCAUGUUCUGAAUCAUACGGAAACCUCCCCUCGCCUCUGCAUUCUUAUUCACAACAUUGAUUCCCCAUCACUUCUCUCUACCAAAGCGAAAGCCAUGCUUUCAAACCUAGCUAGUGACCCAAAUGUACAUCUCUUAGCAUCCGUCGACAAUAUCGCAUUUCCCCUUUUGUGGUCCCUCGGCGAAUCGUCAGGCCGUAAACAAUCCAGCGGAUAUGCCUGGCUCUAUCACGACCUAACUACCCUCCGACCCUACGAUUUCGAACUCUCCUACGCCGACCGAUCCUCCAUCUCCGGAGCCUCUCGAACCAACACCCGAGCUGCUCGUGCACGCGCCGCAGACGGUGGCAUCCCAGCCGUCAUGACCGAAGUUGCAGCUCGACAUAUCCUUUUGUCUGUAACCGAGAAGGCCAAGAAACUCUUUGUACUCCUUGCAACGAGACAAAUUGAAUCCAUGGCCGAAGGUGCAUCUGCUCAAGACGUGCAGGAAACUGCAGUGGAGUAUGGCACACUAUUCACCAUUGCCCGAGACAAUUUCGUCGCGACGAAUGACACUGCAUUCCGGGCUCUGAUGGGCGAGUUCAAAGACCAUGGUUUAAUGCUUACUGCUCCUCAAGGACCCGCUUCAGGAGAUGUAGUCUGGAUCCCAUUACGCAAAACAGUCUUGUCGACACUCAUGGCAGACCUACAGCAGGGUCAAUUGUAAUACACAGCCCGGAAUAUCAUAACAUGGAAGCUAAUAGAUGUAAGGGAUUAUACGGGAAGGAACAAUCUCACAGUAUUUCUUCCAGUCUUUGCCAUAUCUAAAAGACCCUCAAUGUCAGCGUCCAUCUUCAGUGCUAGUGGUCGAACGAACGCACUUUUUCUCGCAAUGGGCAUCAUCGCGUCUUUGUCUGUG